AUGGCCUGGACCCCUCUCCUCACCCUCCUCACUUUCUGCUCAGGGUCCUUCUCCCAGCCUGUGCUGACUCAGUCGUCCCCUGCAUCUGCCUCCCUGGGAGCCUCAGCCAAGCUCAGCUGCACUCUGAGCAGUGAGCACAGCACCUACAUCAUUGAAUGGUAUCAGCAGCAGCCAGGGAAGGGCCCUCGGUACGUGAUGCAGCUUAAGAGUGAUGGAAGCCACAGCAAGGGUGCCGGGAUCCCCGAUCGCUUCUCAGGCUCCAGCUCUGGGGCUAAUCGCUACUUAACCAUCUCCAACAUCCAGUCUGAGGACGAAGCCGACUAUAUCUGUGGUGUAUCUUAUACCAUUGAUAAGACGUCUGGUUAA